AGAGACUCCCAGGUUGGUCUCGAAUUCCCUGCUCUACAUUUUCACCACAGAAGAAGAAGAAGAAGAGCCCCAACCUGUUCUCACUACUAGUAUUCCUACUAGUUGGUGGGAAAUUCAAACGUCCCCGCCUCAUACGGCGGCGUUUCGUCUUCCGAUUCCGUCUCCGGCUCUCUCAGCUCUCGCGCAUUUCUGAGACGGUUGACGGUCUUCGCCAACCGCACGAUGACGGAGAAGCAGUUGAUCGUGGUCGUUGAAGGCACGGCGGCCAUCGGGCCUUACUGGUCAGCCGUCGUCUCCGAUUACGUCGAGAAGAUCAUCAGGUCUUUCUCUGGAAACGAGUUAAGUGGUCAGAAGCCCUCCACUUCUAUUGUUGAGAUGUCUUUGGUCACAUUCAAUACUCAUGGAUCUUAUUCCGGUUGCUUGGUACAACGGAGUGGUUGGACAAGAGAUGUUGAUCGUUUCUUACAAUGGCUGUCAGCUAUUCCCUUAGCAGGUGGUGGUUUUAGUGAUGCUGCAAUUGCAGAAGGGCUUUCUGAAGCCCUAAUGAUGUUCACUAACAUUCAAAAUGGAAGCCAAAAUCAACAAAAUGUGGAUUUUCAAAAGCAUUGCAUUCUUGUUGCCGCUAGUAACCCUCAUCCCCUGCCCACUCCAGUCUAUAGACCACAAAUUCAAAAUGUGGAGAAGAGUGAAAAUAUUGAUGCACAAACCGAAAGCCGUCUGUAUGAUGCUGAGGCUGUUGCUAAAUCAUUUGCACAGUGCCUUGUUUCUCUGUCAGUCAUCUGUCCGAAACAGCUUCCUAAACUCAGAGCCAUUUACAAUGCGGGAAAGCGCAACCCCCGGGCAGCAGAUCCACCGAUUGAUAAUGUGAAAAACCCCCACUUUCUCGUUCUAAUCUCAGAGAAUUUUAUGGAGGCGCGGGCUACUUUAAGUCGUCCCGGAAGUACAACUUUGCCCUCAAAUCCGAGUACUGUAAAGAUGGACAUAGCUCCUGUUGCAUCAGUGACAGGGCCACCUCCAACUUCUAUGCCAUCUGUGAAUGGAUCUGUUAUGAAUCGGCCAUCAGUUUCUGUUAACAAUGUGCCUCCUGCGACAGUGAAAGUGGAGCCAAGCACUGUAAGUUCAAUGGUAGCUGGACCUCCUUUUGCACACGUUCCAUCUGUUCGUCCUCCUUCCCAAGGAGUUCCAACCUUGCAAACUUCUUCACCAUCUUCUGGUGAGAUGAUUACAAACAAUGAGAGUGUGCCAGAUUUGAAACCUAUAGUGAGUAAUGUGACACAUCAACUACGUCCUGUGGGUAGCAUCCUCAAUAAUAUCUCUCAAGCACGCGUGAUGAAUUCUGCAGCCUUAUCUGGAGGAUCUUCUAUAGGUCUCCAAAACAUGGGUCAAAAUCCUAUGGCCAUGCAUGUAUCAAACAUGAUAUCGAGUGGAAUGGCAUCUUCGGUGGCUGCUACUCAAAAUGUAUUUUCAUCUUCAGGGCCUCACACUCUUGCACAGGUUGCUCAGAGCACAGGUCUUAGUUCAUUUACUUCAGGUACUUCCAAUGUGUCUGGAAAUUCUAACCUUGGGAUGUCGCAACCAAUGAGUAACCUCCAAGGUGGUGUUAGCAUUGGCCAAUCUGUUCCUGGCAUGAGUCAAGGAAAUCUCUCAGGACCCCAGAUGGUUCAAAGUGGCAUUGGAAUGACUCCAAACAUGAUGAGUGGCCUUGGUUCAUCAGGUACCUCCUCUGGAACUGGGACAAUGAUUCCCACUCCAGGCAUGUCUCAACAGGCACAAUCUGGGAUGCAGUCACUUGGUGCAAACAAUAGUUCAGUUUCUAAUGUGCCGUUGUCACAACAGACGUCAAGUGCUCUGCAGUCUGCACAAUCCAAAUAUGUGAAAGUGUGGGAGGGAAACUUAUCUGGGCAGAGACAAGGGCAACCUGUGUUUAUUACUAGAUUGGAGGGAUACAGAAGUGCUACAGCAUCUGAGACGCUUGCAGCAAACUGGCCACCGACAAUGCAAAUAGUCAGGCUCAUAUCUCAGGAUCACAUGAAUAACAAGCAAUAUGUGGGAAGGGCAGACUUUCUAGUAUUUCGGGCAAUGAAUCAGCAUGGAUUUCUUGGGCAGUUGCAAGAAAAGAAGCUUUGUGCUGUCAUCCAAUUGCCGUCUCAGACACUACUGCUCUCUGUUUCGGACAAAGCUUGCCGCUUGAUUGGAAUGCUUUUCCCAGGGCUAAGUCUACCAUCGGUUCAGGAUAUGGUUGUGUUUAAGCCACAAGUAGGCGGUCAGCAGCAGCAGAUGCAACAAAUGCAACAACAGCAGCCGCAGCUACAACAGAUGCAGCAACAGCAACCACAGCUCCAGCAACAACAGCAACCGCAACUGCAGCAGCAGCAGCAUCCACAAAUGCAACAACAGCAACAGCAACCGCAACUGCAGCAGCAGCAGCAUCCGCAGAUGCAACAACAGCAGCAGCAUCCGCAGAUGCAACAGCAGCAGCAGCAGCAGCAUCCACAGAUGCAACAGCAGCAGCAGCAGCUUCCGCAGAUGCAGCAGCAACAGCAGCAUCCACAGAUGCAACAGCAGCAGCUCUCGCAGCUCCAGUCACAACAGCAAAUUCCACAACUGCAGCAACUGCAGCAACAACACCAACAGCAACAGUUGGUUGGGGGUGGAAUGGGUCAAGCUUAUGGUCAAGGCCGGUCACAAUUACUUUCACAAGGACAAGUUUCAUCACAACAAGGGCCUAAUAUGCCCGGAGGAGGCUUUAUGGGUUAACAACAGUGUUGCUUGUUAGAAGUAGUAGUAUAGUAGACUGGCAUAUUUAUAUAUUAAUUUUAUGGAUCACAGUUUUAUCUAAACAAGUUUCAUAUAUUUAUAUAUUUAGCACUAGCAAACAUGCUGGUGUUCGAUGCCUUGAUCAA